CUCAGUGGGCGCCGCCAUCUUGAGGGCGACGGUGGCCGCGCUAGGCCAAAACUGCCUAGAUUUCCUCUCCCAUCCCUUUCUGCUUUUAACUCCCUGCUGGUUGGAGUCAAGAAGAGGUCUGCGGCGGGGUUCCAGUGUGCCCUCAUGGCGAAGGAGCCGGUUGCUGAGGAGGAGGGCGGAGAGGCCUCUGCCUCCGCCAGCCGCCUCUUGGGCAGCGUCUUGGACUCUCUGUACGACUUCGGUGAAUCAUUGCCAAAUGGACACAAAAAGAAAAAGAAAAAUUCACAAGAGAAGUUAGCAAUGACUGCCAGCAGUAUUCUAUCGGAAGACAAAAAGAUGAAUCCUGAACCUGGUACAGCAAUGCCAGGCAAGAGAAAAAGUGUCUCCAGCUUCUUUGAAAGCCUAAAAGAUGAACUGUCAUGUGACUGUAUUACUAAGAACAAGUCUGCCACAGAAUGUAAGUUCUCAAAUGUAGCCACACUUACAUCUGCUCAGCAAGAAAACACAACAGAGAUUGAAGUUGUGACAUUCCAUGGUCCACACAGAAAGAAGAAAGCUAAAUUUGAAACUCCUGAAGUUGAUAGUUCCGAGGAAAAAGCAUCUGUUCAAGAAAAGCAUGGAGAUGGCCAGGCGUUUAACCUGGAAAAAGCCCGUUUGGAAGUGCACCAAUUUGGAAUCACUGGAUUUGAGAAGAAAGAACAGCGGGUUUUGGAACAAGAACGUGCCAUCAUGUUGGGAGCAAAGCCUCCUAAAAAGGAAUAUUUGAACUACAAGAUUCUUCAAGAGAAAAUCAAACAAAAGAAAGUGGCAAAGAAGGAGGAAAGUGUGAUGGCAAAGAAAAAUGAUUUUCUCAAGAAAAGGAAGAAAAAAGGUCAUGAAGGGAGUAAAUCCAAGAAGAAGACAAAACAGAGCAUAUUGCCCACAGGGCAAGUUGGAACAUUUAAAAAUGGGACACUGAUUCUUCGUAGCAGUGACAUAAAGAAAAUCAAAUCUUCCAAAGUGGCUAAAUGACUUCAGUGCAUCAGGCUGAACUGAAAAAAAUAAACUUUGUAGUCAAACUUUUAAAAAGUGUUUAUCUGUUUUCAUAAUCAAACAGGAAUCACCAAGCUUUCAAUAGAAGACUGUAUUUUUAUUCAGGAGGACUCUGCUAUAUGUCACAGGUCUUGGACUAGCUGUGAAGGCAAUCAGUCACAUGCUAUAGGUCUUGGAUCAGCUGUGUAGGCAAUCUGCCAUGGGCUACAAGGCUUGGUCCAGAAUAAAUGACUCAUUCUUAUUUGGGGCCACACAGAAGCUUCCAGAAGAUUGAUUCCCAUAAUCCUUAACAGAAGUCAUCAAGAAGUGCUUUGUUCCCGGUUGAACUUGUUUGGGAAAGCACAUGAGUGCAAUUGUCUUUCACCGGAAAAUAAGCAAGACAAUAUCAUUGGAUCUGUUGGCAGUGUAAUAAGAAUUUAUUUAAAAUUUGUAAAACAGCAUAAACUCAUACUUUAUGUUUUCCAAAAGGGCAAUACGCAAAAGUUGGAUUUUUUGACAGUAAGACUAAAGAAAAUGUUUCCAAUUAAAAAAAAUACAAACUUUGCUACAGGUAGAAAAUUAGAAAAAAGUUGUUUGUUAUUUUUCCCUCCCUUCUUGAUCUGGUGCCAUAUUUAAGAGAUGUACAUUCCACCAGAUCUAAGUACAUAAACUAUGGUCCAUUACAAAACAAAACAAAACAAAACUGCCAUGAUUAGAGAGGGAAACCAGAGUAAAUAAUGUUUUUCUUAUGGAACCAGACAUGAACGUAACAUGUAACUUUCUUUCCAAUUGUUUUUGCCAACAUUUAAAUUAACGUCUUCCAUGCUUUUUAUAACAAGUCAAGAAAAAGCAGUAGUUCUGCCUCAUGCAUUAAUUAAUUCUAUAACAUUUUCAUCACACCAUGUCUCUGGGAUGUACUUCCAGUUCCCUAUUUUCAACAGCUUGGUAUUUUUAUUGACAGCAUUUAUGCAACACCAGGUUAUGAACUUCUAUGAACCCAAAGGAGAGGGUCUCUUUUUGUAUUGUGUGACAAAAAGAAAUUCUACUCAUUUAUCCCCCUCUUCAGAAUGCUACCAUGACAAAGAUGCCAAGCUCCACUGACCUCACAUCUGUCAUGCAAAUUAAAAGUAAAAGAUCACCUUUGGAAACCAGUUAAUGGAAAAAGUACUGAAGAUGGCUCAUUAUUUCAAAAGGAGAAAUAUCAACCUGGUAGGAUCUCAGGUCUUAGCAAGUUGAUAUACCCAUAUAUCUCUGCCCAACUGGUGAAAGGAAAGCAGCAAUGAAUCAGGCUGUACUGAUUCAUUGCUGCUUUGUGUAUUAAAACUGCCACAAACGUCAAAUUUGUAUCAGUUUGAGAUUUAAAGUCUGGAAAGGAACAUUAGCAAACAAAGAGGUUGAAAUUAUGAGUAGUCUCAAAAGCAAUGUAGAGUCUGUGUUUUAAAAAAGAUGCAUGAAAUAAUCUAUUUGGGAAGAGUUUACAUUUUUGAUCUUGGUUGCACACAUGGCAAUUUCUGAAGGAAUGCUCAGCAUCAUUUGUUAAAACUAGCCUGAACAGGUUUAAGAAUCAGGUGACCCUUUAGAUCUUGCUGAACUGUAACUCCUGGCCUUCCUCAACUUUGGCUAUGCUGGCUGGGGCCAGUGGGACCCAUGGUCCAGCAAUAUGUGGAGGGCCACAUGAUUGUCAUCCCUGGCAUAAAUCGAUUUCCUAGGUCCAACAAGAGUAUACCCACUGCAUCAUUGAGUAUCAUAUGCCGACUUGAUAUUCAGCUAUUGAUUCAAAGGAUCUGCUCUAAGUAGGACUAGCAGUUGGACUUAGUGCAAGGAUACAAAGCCCUCUGCAUAAAAAAAACUACAGAUAAAUGGAGGCAAUCUUGCACUCAAGAAUGUCUACAUAGAAGUUAUCAUGAGACUGCUUUCAAGAUCUGUUUGUGACCUCUAAACAAUAUAGUAGAAAACAGUGUUCUAAUGAGCUUGGUAGCAGAGAUUAUCCUUUGGAUAUACCCCAAUAGAUGAUGAAAUGCUGUUUUGAAACCAUUUCUGGAUUACAAGAUGGCUGCUGUUAUAUGUAGAAAUGCACACACUGCUCUGCUCUGAUAUAGCUCUUCUUUGCCUGUACUCACAAAAGCAUAUGAAAGUCAUCAUCUAAAUGGCAAGAGUUUUAGAUUGGCUUACUAGGGAGAGGCAGGGGGGUACAUCUAGUAUUUAUCUUUUUAAUUAUUAAAAAUGUCUUUAUCCUGCCCUUUCACCAGGAGAUCUCAGGGUGGCAAAGAUAAAGCAAUACAAGCAAUUCCAGAUUAAAAUCAAUACAAUUCCAUUAUUGCCCCUAGGAUCUGUUGCCAUAAAGAAAAAGAUUCUUUCUUCCUUGUACAGAGCAGAUUUUCAGCUAUUUUAAAUUUCCCAUAACCAGGAACUAUACUGCUUACUGUGUGUCAGAAUAGAUGGGCACUUUUUGUUCAACAAGCAAAUGUUAGGAAUUGAACUUUACUCUUCUGAAAUAAUUAUGCCAUCGUUUGACCAAGGUUCUGCUUUUUACUUGUACCAAUACAGCUUUUAAUUUCUA